GCUUUCCCCCAUUCUGCGGACCCCCUUGCCUCUCUCUUGUCCUUUGCCCAAGCCUCUUGGUCUCCCGGGCCCCUGAGGGGCUCCCGCUUCUUGCCAUAACUGCGAGACCCACCCACCAGCCACCAUGCGGCGGAAGCCCCCCCCCACCAGCAGCGAAUACUCAUUCGGGGGCUGGAUCCCCCUGCUCGGGGAGAUGCAUAAGACCCUUCUGUCCGGCGAGUACAUGCCCCUGCGGCCUCUGCCCAUGUUUGAGAGCCAGUUUGUUCAGGUGACGAAGCGGGGGGAAGCCGUCGACCUGCACAACCGCGUGAAUCGCGUGGCACUGGGUAUUGCCGCGUCCAGGCCGGGGCUGCCGCUUCCCGACCUGCUGCUGGUGGCCCGCCCCACCUCCCCUCCGGAAGCCCCCGGCCUCGUCCUCACCCGGAUGUUCCCCAUGGAGCUGGUCCGCCUGUUUAUCCACGACAUGUCUGUGCAGCGGAUAAAGAUGCGUCUGGCCACGGGUCGCUCCUUCUACCUGCAAAUGGACAUGCCGAGGGACGAGGCGGGCUUUGCCUUCGACCGCUGGCUCCGCAUCAUCUACCUCCUGCGUGGCCCCCCCCCGCCCUGGGACCACCAACCUUCCCAGCCCACCUCUCAGCAGCCCAGCCUCACGCCUUCCCACCCCUCCGCCCGAUCUCCGCUCAGGACCCCCGGCCGACACCGCCCGGAAGAGGAUUCCUCUCAGGGACUUCUCGCCGAGCAGGGAGGGUCCUCUCUAAGUACGGGGAGGCGAACCAACACCCCCCAGUCUGGGUCUUCCCUGAUGAGUCAGUAUUCUCAGAGCGCUUCCAGCAACAUCACCAUGCAACACGGCCCCCCUCGGCACUGGAAGGAUCUGUGGAGAGAGGAUAUGGGAGAUAUAUUGGUUUCCCGCCCAGUGGGAGACUCAAUGCCACUGAUCCGGACCCCCAAACCAGGGACAUCUCAUGAAUCCAGAUAUCAGCAGCCUCCAACCCGCCCCAGAUCACCACGCGCGGCCUCACAGGCGAGGGCCUCUUCUAGACGCUCAACUGAGAAGCCUAAAUCACAAGGCAAAGGCCAACCGACCAUCAACACCAUCUUCAGCGCCGUCUCCCGCUCGUUCCACAAGCCCCGGGGUCCUCCCUCACUGAAGCCCAGCUGGCCCUUCAGUGGAGGCAGCAGUUCCAAGAAGAGUAGUGGCAGCUGCUUUUCAGAGGCUAAAAUACCCUCUUCCUUUGACCCCCGUUUCCUGGGUCCCAACCGCCUGGAAGCCCCUUGGUUGGAGUCCUUCCCCAGCGAGAAGAACUGGAGAGCCCUGGACCCUCGGGAGUUAAUGGAUACUGUCGACUCCUCCUCUUCCUCGUCCUCCAUCACCUUCCCCGCCUCCAGCCCUCCACCCAACCGGCGAGAAGGAGAGGUGCCGUGGACCUCUGCCCUGCUGGAAGGGACCGAGUGGGGAGGCCAGAAGGGACCGAGCCCAAGGAGAGGAGGGACCGUGACAGGCCGUGGCCAGGGCGGGCUGGCCCCGGACAGAUCUGACGGGCGACCGAGCGGGUACCUAGGCAGGCCCAGAUCCAGCGGCCGCUUGAGUGAGAAAUCUGGGGUGUCCUGGGCAGAUCCCACCGAAAGAUCCGGUGGGAAUGCCUCCGACAGAGGGCCGGGAGCUUCCGACAGGAGCUCCAGUGAGCGAUUCAGAAGAGGGACGUCCCCCGAAAAAUCCGAGAGGGUUCCCGGCGGAAAACCGAGCGUGGUGUCCUGGGCGGAUUCCACCAAAGGACCCCUGGAGCAAUUCCCUGAGAGAGCCGGGGGAGUUUCGGAGAGGGGCCCCCGCGUUCCUUCGACUGAGCGAUCCAGAAGAGGGGCUUCCUCCGAGAGAGACAAGGGGCGUUCCGGCCGGGCCGGGCCCCGGGCCAGGAGCGCCGAGAGAUCUCACGGGCGACCCGCCGAGAGGGCCACGGGUGUUUCCGAGAGGAGCCCCAGCAGAGCUGCGACCGAACGAUCCAGAAGAGGGGCUUCCUCCGAGAGAGACAAGGGGCGAUCCGGCGGGGCCGGACCCCGGGCAGGGAGCGCCGAGAGAUCUCACGGACGACCCGCCGAGGGGACCAAGGGAGUUUCUGAGAGGAGCCCCAAAAGAGCUGCCACCGAGCGAUCCAAGAGAGGGGCUUCCUCCGAGAGAGCCCAGGGAGGCGCCGGCGGGAGGCCUACUGGGGCGUCCCAAUCUCAUGGACAACCUACAGAGAGAUCCACAGGGGUUUCCGGUGGAAGACCUGGCGUUUCUGCCCAUGAGCGAUCUGGAAGAGGGGUUUCCUCCGAAAGAGCCAAGGAGGGGUCCGGCGGAAGAUCCAGCGCCGCUCCCGGCGGACGAUCCGGAAGAGGGGCUUCCUCCGAGAGAGGCAAGGGGGGGGGGUGGCGGAAAAUCCAGCGCCGCUCCUGGGGAGCGAUCCCCACGAGGCACCCAGGGGGUUUCCAGUGAGAGAUCUAGCGGGGUCUCCUGGGCAGAUCAAACGGAAAGAUCCCCAGGGCGAUCCGCGGAGAGAUCCGGGAGGACCCCCAGAGGGGACUCUCGGAUGGCUCUGGGUGAGGGUCCGGAAAGUGGAAGACCCAAGGGGGCUUCAGGCGGGCGGUCCAAUGAGGCAUCCCGGGCGCAGCCUAGGGAAGCAUCCCGUGGGC